AUGGACUCAAAUUCAGAGAACUGUCUGGAUGGUAGACUCUCAGCUAGUCGAGACGCGCGGCGGCGAGCUCUUAGCGAGGUGGCCCGCAAGACCCUGCCGAUACCAGGCUACACUGGGCAUCUUCGGGCACACAAGGUGGAGAAUGUCUUUGGCGCAACCUUCGGUGAGGCGAUGGUGGUCGCUGAGGCUGCUCGCCAUCGCCGAGGUCGCGAAGAGGACUACAUGGCACACACCUCCACGCGAACGCAUACCUUCGACGGCGGCUCUUUCAAUACCACCAAAGGCCACAAGCUUGGGAAGAACGAGCCGCUAGCAAAGACGGUCUCGGUCUACCACAACCCGCGGGGCCAUGACAUCCGAGCAGGGGCAGCGGUUCCCGGCUAUGGCGGCUUCAUCCCUUCAAAGGUGGCAGGAAACUGCUUCGGGAAGCGCAUGGCGUUGGACAACCUCCACGCCACCGAGAUGCGCCGCUUAAACGAUGAGGGUGCGGAAUGGCAGACGAAUUGGAUCACUGCCUGCGAGACGAAUCGCAAGAGGUUGGCCCACGGCGCUUUCUCGGUGAACGAGAACUUCAAGUUUACCCGUGAUGAUCCAAAGCGCGAGGUGUCCGCGUCGCCAAGUGCCUGGAAAGUGUGGGAGCCGAAGGCUCCACACCAAUGGAUCAGAUACUGA